ACGUUUAAUAGAACAACACACAAAACAUUUGUGACAAGUGCGAAUAAAAAUAUAUUUAUAAAUAUUGUUUUUAAAGUGAACUGUAUAGAUUAAUUUAUAAUAAAACAAAAUGUGUAAUUGUUUGUUGGAAAUUCUUAAGUGUCCUGGCAAAGUUGUAUGCUGUUGCUGCGAUUGUGCCUGUAAAAUGCUGUGCAGUUUGAUUUGUUCCGCUGUGGUUCUGCUGGUAAUUAUAGGCUUAAUUGUUUACUUUACCGUCUACUAUCACAAGGAUAGUGGCAGUACGGAUGAGGUGAAGAAGAUGACAUCUAGAGUCAUAAGAGAGGUGGCACCACAAAAUUUCCGCGAUUUCUUUAAGGCAGUGAAUUAAAAAGGGAAAUUAUUAAACCAAUUUCUUUAUAUAAGUUCUUAUUAAUUUUAUAGUUUAAGUAAAUUUCUUUGUAUUAAUAAAAAA